CCCCUAUCGCGUAUAUCAAGAGGGACGGGCCUCCACGCAAGCCUCCCUCUUCGUUUUACCUAUUUGCGACCCCGUAUGUCGUGCAGCGCAAUACGAAGGGGUCCAUCGAGCGGACACGGGAGGCCAUGCGGGAAGCUGCCGCGCGGUGGCAUGCGCUGGCGGAUGACGAGAAACAGGUAUAUAGGGAUCAAUAUGCGAAGCUCCUCGAGCGCUAUUUCGUCAGUAAAGCGGAAUGGAGGAAGAAUGCUGAUCCUGUCUUGAUUCGCGAGCUCAACAAGAAACGGGAGAGGAGGGGAAAGACCAAGUUUCGCAGGUCGGGUGCGGCACAACAUUACCCGAUGACGGCGUAUAUGAGGUUUUACUCAGACUGGGCCACUCAACAACGGCAAUCCGGGGUCAAAACCGGCGGCAAAUUCGCGCAGAAGGUUAGCGCGGCUUGGAAGGCGCUAUCCGAGGAAGAAAAGCUGCCCUAUCAUGAAGCAGCAGCGAAGGAGCGAGCGGCACUGGACAGCGCUGCUGCAACCACGUGAGACGUCUCUUCCCGCGGCUCUGCGCUUCCUCAGGCUCCCCCGUUGAUCCUGUGCAGGAGUGCGUCUUCGUUGGAGACCUAAGGAAACCCCGUCGCUAUUCAUGCCCUGCGCUCCUUCCCGUGGAAACCCCCAUACCCGUUCAGGGCCGAAUCACAGGCCUGAGCCCACCAAGAUCAUGCACCGCGCCCUUCUCCCGUCCCACAGUGCGGCGAACCAACUACUCAGAGGUCUGGCAAGAUUCAAUCCUGUAUGCAUACUCAGUCG